AGUGUAACCAUGGCGGUCGGCAAAAAUAAGGGUGUCUCUAAAGGAGGCAAGAAAGGUUCGAAAAAGAAGGUCGUGGAUCCGUUCACGCGCAAGGACUGGUACGAUGUGAAAGCCCCGAACAUGUUCAAGAACCGCCAGGUCGGUAAAACUCUGGUAAACCGUACCCAGGGCACGCGCAUCGCUUCCGACGGUCUGAAGGGCCGCGUGUUUGAGGUGUCGUUGGCCGACCUGCAGAACGAACCUGAUGCGGAGAGAUCUUUCCGCAAGUUCAAGCUGGUUGCCGAAAGCGUGAAUGGCCGUGAUGUUCUUACCAAUUUCCACGGUAUGGACCUGACGACCGACAAGCUGCGAUCCAUGGUCAAGAAAUGGCAAACCCUGAUCGAGUGCUCGGUUGAUGUGAAGACCACCGAUGGCUUCGUGCUGCGUGUGUUCUGCAUCGGAUUCACCAUCAAGGACUCGAUGUCGCAGCGCAAGACCUGCUACGCCCAACACUCGCAGAUCAAGAACAUCCGCGCCAAGAUGACGGCCAUCAUCAAGCGCGAGAUCACUAGCACGGAUCUGAAGGGCGUCGUGGAAAAACUGCUGCCCGAUUCGAUUGCCAAGGAUAUCGAGAAGGCAUGCCAGGUUGUGUACCCCCUGCACGAUGUCUACAUCCGUAAGGUGAAGGUACUGAAGAAGCCACGGUUCGAUCUGUCCAGUCUGAUGGAACUGCACGGCGAUGGUGGUGGUAAGGCUGCUGAAGUGUCGACCGGUGCGGCUUCCGGUGUCGUCGUUGACCGCCCAGAAGGUUACGAGCCACCAGUGCAGACGUCCGUUUAA